CACCGUCGGUCGUGUUUUCUUUAACGUUACGCGUAUUCUGAGCGGACUUGGCAAUUCAGUAAUGAAAUCCGGAUGAAAGAGAGUCCAUUAAAGCUCUGUCAUACAUCAAGCAGAAGUGAGAUCAUUGGAGUUAAAAAUAUCCAUCCCGUGCCAGAACAACUCAAGUACUGCAGCCGAGACAACUCGUCGGUGCGCGCGUUGCCAACAUGCAGGAGUGGACGAGCGAAGUCAACACUGGCACCAUCACGGAAUGAUGCGUGUUCCCUUCUAUAUUCUGACUGUGGCUCACCUGAUCCGUGCUGCUGCCGCCGGGACAGAGCGGUUCGGGUCCGGACGCAGGACCUGCAGACUCUACUGCAGAGUCGGCAUCGGCUUCCAUCUGCAAAUCCAUCCCGACGGCCGAGUCAACGGGAGUCACGAAGCCAACCACUUAAGUGUUGUGGAGCUUUUCGCCAUGUCCCAGGGUGUGGUCGGCAUCAGAGGAGUUUCCAGUCGCAGGUUUCUGGCCAUGAACUAUCGAGGACGCCUCCACGCCACUGAAGGGUUCUCUGAGGACUGUGUGUUCCAGGAGAGCUUCCAGAAGGACGGCUACAACACCUUCUCGUCUGUGGUCCACCGGGGCCCGCGGACUGCCCGGCCCUGGCUCGUAGCGCUCAACAAGAGAGGGAGGGCCAAGAUGGGCUCCAGCCCCCGCGUCAAAACCCAACAUGUCUCCGCUCACUUCCUGCCGAGGGCCACCCAGCAGCCCUACGAGGAGCGGGGCUUCAAGACCUACAAAACACCUCAACCACUUCCAAUGUCAAAGGUCACGGCCCGGAGCACCUCCAGGCAGGGGGCCGCACAAGUCAAGUACUGGCCCAAGUACCGCUGGGGUUAGAGGUCAAGUACUGGCCCAAGUACCGCUGGGGUUAGAGGUCAAGUACUGGCCCAAGUACCGCUGGGGUUAGUGGUAAAGUACUGGCCCAAGUACCACUGGGGUUAGAGGUCAAGUACUGGCCCAAGUACCGCUGGGGUUAGAGGUCAAGUACUGGCCCAAGUACCGCUGGGGUUAGUGGAUGGGAUACAAGGAAAUGGAUUUGAUCUGAACAAAUCUAAACUGCGACUGUGAAAUAACCAAGGCGACUAACAUCUGCACAGCUUUGCCAAGUGAACAAUCAAAUAGUAUUUGCACACUUUUAAUAUUUAACAUCUUGUAUAGUUUAAUGUUAACGUGACUUUUAUGUCAUGUCAUCCAUCCGACAUGUGAUCUAAUGGACUGAACGAUGUCAUCCAACAGACAGACUGACUGAAAGAUUUGGUAUUUUUUCAUCAUGUCAUAAGUAAAAAAUU